GAUCCAAAUUAUUUAACACACACAACCAAAGAAACUAAGAACAACGCGUUCUUUGAAUUUCACACACAAGAAAAGCAAAGUGAACACCAUAUUCAUCAAUUUAAACAUCUACCUAUGCUACUAACCAAAUCAAAAACAACCCCAAAAUCUUCAACCUCACCAUGGCAUGGCAAACCUUAACAACACUUAUAAUCAUCACAAUCAUAACAACUUUCCCAAAAACAAAAUCCCAACAAGAAUACGUAAACAACAAACAACUAGAUUGUGAAAACACAUACAACUCAACUUUAGGCAACAUAUGCAAUAGCAUCCCUUCAUGUCAAUCCUAUCUCACCUUCAAAUCCACUCCACAAUUUAACACCCCCUCUUCCAUUUCACACCUCCUCAACUCCUCCGCAUCUCUCAUCUCACAAUCCAACAACAUCUCCACCGUCCAAACCCUCCCUACAGACACAAUCAUAACCGUCCCUAUAAACUGCACAUGCUCCAACAACAACACCUACUACCAACACAACACUUCCUACACUAUACAAAACACCGGUGAAACUUACUUCACCGUUGCUAAUAACACAUAUCAAGCUUUAUCCACGUGUCAAGCUCUUAUAGCUCAGAAUCCUUAUAAUGAACGAAAAAUUGUACGUGGUAACAACUUAACUGUUCCUCUUCGUUGUGCUUGUCCUACGAAAAAACAGAGUGAUGAAGGUUUCAAGUAUCUUCUUACGUACUUGGUUUCUGAAGGUGAAUCAGUUUCUUCUAUUGCUGAAAUUUUCAACGUUGAUCCACAAAGCAUUAAUGAAGCUAAUGAACUUUCUUCUACAUCGUUUAUUUUCUACUUUACACCACUUUUAAUACCACUCAAAAAUGAACCGCCGCAAAAAAUAGUCAAACCGGCUUCACCACCGGAGUCUCCGCCUCCGCCGCCACCGGCGGCGGAAAACGGAAGUUCAUCCUCUUCCACGAAAUGGGUCAUCGUUGGUGUAGUGGUUGGUGUUGUUGUUUUGCUUUUGGUGGGUGUUGCUCUGUUUUUCCUCUGUUUCCGGCGACGGCGACAACAGAAGCUACAACCACCGGCGGUGGGUAAAGCUUUCUCAGAUUCUAACACAAAGAAAGUUUCAGAGGUUACUUCAACAUCUCAAUCUUGGUCUCUUUCUUCUGAGGGAAUUCGUUAUGCGGUUGAUUCAUUGACUGUGUACAAAUAUGAGGAUUUGCAAAAUGCAACAAAUUUUUUCAGUGAAGAGAAUAAGAUUAAAGGUUCUGUUUAUAGAGCUUCUUUUAAAGGUGAUGAUGCUGCUGUUAAGAUUCUUAAAGGUGAUGUUUCUUCUGAGAUUAACAUUUUGAAGAGGAUUAAUCAUGCUAAUAUUAUAAGGUUGUCUGGUUUUUGUGUCUACAAAGGUAACACUUAUCUUGUUUAUGAGUUUGCUGAAAAUAAUUCUCUUGAUGAUUGGCUUCACUCUGAGAAGAACAAGGAUAAGAAUUAUUCGAAUUCCAUGUGUUUGAGUUGGUUUCAGAGAGUUCAGAUUGCUCAUGAUGUAGCUGAUGCACUUAAUUACCUUCAUAAUUAUGCUAAUCCACCUCAUGUUCAUAAGAAUUUGAAAAGUGGUAAUAUUCUUUUAGAUGGAAAAUUUAGAGGUAAAGUUUCAAAUUUUGGGUUGGCAAGAGUUAUGGAGAAUGAAGGAGGGGAUGAAGGGUUUCAAUUAACAAGACAUGUAAUAGGGACACAAGGUUACAUGGCACCGGAGUAUAUCGAGAAUGGUUUGAUUACUCCAAAGAUGGAUGUUUUUGCAUUUGGUGUUGUGAUUUUGGAGCUUCUUUCUGGUAGAGAAGUUGUUGGUAGUGACAAGAGUAAUGGUUUAGGGGAUCAGCUUCUUGCUUCAACUGUGAAUCAAGUUCUUGAAGGAGACAAUGUUAGGGAGAAGCUUAGAGGUUUCAUGGAUCCAAAUUUGAGAGAUGAAUAUCCUUUGGAUCUUGCAUUUUCAAUGGCUGAGAUUGCUAAAAGAUGUGUUGCUCGUGAUCUUAAUUCAAGACCAAAUGUUUCUGAGGUUUUCAUGAUUCUGUCUAAGAUUCAAUCCUCUACAUUGGAGUGGGAUCCAUCUGGUGACCUUGAACGGUCCAGAUCUGUUAGCCAAGUUUCUGAUAGUAGAUAGUUAAUGAUUUUUAAUUUCAUUGGAUAAGUGUUUGAGAGUUUAUUUAAUGUUUCUAUAUGCAGAGUUUUAUGUUGGAUCUUAUGUAUCACAUCACUUACAUUGAUGAAUAUUUUGCUAUUAUAAAUAGAAGUCCACACUUUGAACUUGUACAUUAUUGUAUUCCUUAAAAUGUUUGGAAUGACUUAUUUGGAUUUA